AUGGUUGCUCAUUUGAGUGAUUUUGGAUUGACAAGAUUACUUCCAAUUGAUGAAGUCAUCUCUAAUGAACAAAACAGCACAAUUAGAAUAAAGGGUACUAUUGGCUAUGUUCCUCCAGAAUAUGGAAUGGGUUCUAAGCUAUUGGUACAAGGUAACAUGUAUAGCUUUGGCAUUCUUGUGUUAGAGAUGUUAACUAAAAGAAGACCCACCGAAGCUAUGUUUAAAGAUGGCUACAAUCUUCAAACAUAUGUGAAAAUUUUAUUCCCAAACAAGCUUUUGGAGAUUGUGAGCCCGACUAUUCUUCCACGAGAGCUAGAACAUAUAGUGUUAGCAUCAGGAGACUCAUCAAAGAACAUGAUGCAAAUCCAUCCUAAUAUCGACAAAUGCUUGGGUUCUUUAUUUGAGAUUGGACUUGCAUGUUCAAUGGAAUCGCCUCAUGAAAGAACGAGUGCAAUUGAGGUCAUCAGGGAGCUAAAUUCCAUCAAAAGCUAUUUUCUUUUAUGGAACCAGAAUCGUGUCUGA